AUGCUGCGUGCUUCAUUAGCCAGAUGCAAGGCUGCUCCCAGUCCCAGUCUGGGCUUGAAGCGAAACAUGGCUGUCGCAGCAGCUGCUGCUAAGAAAGAAGGUGACAUUUCAGAUGCCUUUACUUCCCUCUCGGGUGCUCAAAGAGAACCGCUACCAGAUCGCUUCCGCGUACGAAAACUUGAUCUUGUUAGAGGUCGGGAAGAACAGAUCGAGCAGAGCUGGAAAGCGUUACUACGAGAACUUCGCAAGGAGAAUGAUGUCGUUGCGAAGAAAGGACCGAGUGUAAUUCCGCAAGUUGACUACAAAGAGUUUGAGCGAAGCGCAGGUUCCUUGAAAGAGGAGAUUCGGAAAAGAGGUGUUGUCGUUAUUAAGGGCGUUGUUCCGGAGGACGAGGCGAGGGCGUGGAAGGGUGAGGUUGAGGACUACGUUCGCAAGAACCCUUCUACGAGAGCAUUCCCUUCUCAUGAUCCUCAAGUCUACGAACUUUACUGGUCCGCCCCUCAACUCAAAGCACGCUCCCAUCCCAAUUUCCUUCACGUUCAACAACGUCUCAUGUCCCUUCUAUGGCACAAUUCGAACCCCGACACUCCCAUUUCUCUAUCUCAGCCCUUCAGCUAUGCUGACAGGCUGCGCAUCCGCCAGCCGGGCGACGCUUCCUUUGCUCUCGGGCCGCACAUCGAUGGCGGAAGCGUAGAGCGUUGGGAACUGGAAGGCUACGGCCGUGGAGGCGUGUACGAUGCUAUCUUGACAGGAAGAUGGAACGAGUACGAUCCUUGGGAUGCAAGUGGACGUGUGCAUGCCGUGAAUAAUCGCUACGAUGGUCUUGGUGCAUGCUCAAUGUUUAGAAUGUGGCAGGGCUGGAUGAGCAUGAGUCACACCAAGCCUGGCGAGGGAACGUUACUAGUCAACCCGCUUGUGAAGCUUUCCAUGGCUUAUGUUCUCUUGCGGCCCUUCUUUCGUGUGAAGAACAUGAGCGCAAGCGACUUUUUGGGAGUGGAUAACUGGGAGUUUAUGGGAGGGGAGAUGGAUAGCGAGUUGCAAGGUGCGACACCAGGAACGGGACAAGAGCUGACGGAUGAGCUACAUCCUCACUUGGAGCUGGAAAGAAGUAUGGUGCAUGUUCCUGAGAUCCAGCCUGGCGACUUUGUAGCAUGGCACUGCGACACGAUCCACGCAGUUGACAAGGUACACGCGGGAAAGUCAGAUUCAAGUGUCCUGUACAUCCCCGUGUGUCCCAUCACAGAACAGAACGCAGAGUACAUGGUCCGGCAACGAGAGGCGUUCAGGCGGGGCACACCGGGCCCGGAUUUCCCUGGCGGCGCGGGGGAAGCGGAGCAUGUGGGUCGACCUACGGAGGACGUUUUCCGCCGGGACGGGGCGGGAAGAAGAGCGAUGGGUCUUGAGGAGUUGGAGAUGGAGAGUUUGAGGAGUAGGGGGGAGAAGGAGGCGGUGGAGAGUGCCAACAGGGUCUUAGGGUUCUGA